GUAAACACGAACACGUUGAGCAUGGCUCAUUCAGAGCAGAACCAAACUUCGGACAGAAACAGAGUUAAUAAGACGGAUAUUUUACGGGACUUUCAAGUAUCGUUUUUCGCAAUGAGUCGUCUGGUUACAUUUCCCUGGACUUUUUUAGAAAAAGAUCUUGAAAGCAACAAAUCAUCAGACCUGAUUUCUGACAUCCUAAAACAGACAUGUCUUCACUCUUUGUGCCGGAAAUUUCCACCAUCAGUCAGAUACAGGAAGCUGUUCCUCUCUGAGAUCAUCAGACGGCAGGAGGCUGCAGGCUGUGAUCCUCUGGACGAGCUGUACGACGCGCUGGCUGAAGUGGUGGGAGCCGAAGAUACGACUGAAUGUUACAAAAACUACUUACUGCCCAGUGGAGAUGCUGUCAGCCUGCUGGAAAAUGUAGCUCUGAUCUCAGAGGGGACCACUGGCCUGGUGACCUGGGAGGCUGCUCUCUACCUGGCAGAGUGGGCUCUGGAUCACCAGCAGGCCUUCACUGGCAGGACAGUCCUGGAGCUGGGCAGCGGUGUGGGGUUGACGGGCAUCACCAUCUGUCGCUCCUGCAGUCCAAACAGAUACAUCUUCAGUGACUGUCACCACAAAGUCCUGCAGAAGCUGAGAGACAACGUCCAGCUGAAUGGUCUGACUGAGCAGACGUCUCCUACAGUCGCUGUGGAGGAGAUGGACUGGACGACAGUGACAGAGGAACAGAUCGAACAGAUCGGGGCUGACACCGUCAUUGCUGCAGAUGUGGUGUAUGACCCUGACGUUGUAGAAAGUCUAGUGAAGCUGCUGUCCAAGAUCUUGAGGUGUUCGUCUCUUGAUGUCCCCCCUGAGGUCCUCAUCUGCUCCACCAUCAGAAACCAGGAGACGUACAGCGGCUUGAAGCAGCAGCUCGAAAAAGCAGGAAUCAGCCAUCAUGUGAUCACAGAAGCCGUCAGCCACGUGUUCCCUUACAACCGAGGCUCUGCUAUAGAAAUGAUCAAACUGUACAGUGAUUUACAGGUGAACUCGAGGACACAGCGACAUCACUGAGGGAUGUGGUUAAAGGUGGAACAGAGCUCACUACUGAGUUGAAAGGGGCUUGAAUCCCUUAACCAGACAGGUCAGUGAAAUACUACUUUUCAGCCUGGUGUUAAGUUACACCACACUAUGUCUGUGUUGAAAGCUAUGAAUCAAAUAGUCAGGCACUGAAUCUUUUAGCUAAAACAUUUUGAAUGCCCUUUUAUCGUACCUUAAACAAUAAUUUAAGUAGUUUUCAAACUGGACCCAUUUUCCAAUGUGCAUUUUGUGCCCUCUCACUCAGUACUGGGUUGAUUUUGAAAACUGUUGUUCCCAUUAUUCAAUCAGACACAAAAACAUGGGAAAACAGGAUUCAGGUUUUCACGCA